CGUUCCGGUGGUUAAGUGGCUUAAUGAUCAAUUCUUCAGGACUGGCAAGAAGUCGGUUUCGGCCAGAGUCGGGGCUUCUUCCAAGACGAUGCCGGCGGAGCAGGACUCGCACCUUGAAGCGGCUGCUUCGCCCCAGUUCAGCCUUUUGGAUGUGGUUGUGGUGGUGGCCUACUUCGCCCUAAACUUGGCUGUCGGCAUUUGGUCUUCGUGGAGAGCAAACCGAAGCACAUUGAGCGGCUACUUCUUGGCUGGGAGGAGCAUCGCUUGGUGGCCGAUCGGAGCAUCCCUCUUUGCCAGCAGCGAAGGAUCGGGCCUUUUCAUUGGCUUGGCUGGGACCGGAGCCGCCGGAGGGAUCGCUGUGGCCGGCUUCGAAUGGAACGCCACCUACGUGCUCCUGGCGUUGGCCUGGGUGUUUGUACCAGUUUAUGUUUCCUCGGGGAUCCUGACCAUGCCCGAAUACCUCCAGAAGCGGUUCGGUGGGGAGAGAAUCCGGAUGUACCUCUCGUCCUUGUCGCUCCUUCUCUCCGUCUUCACCAAGAUCUCGACAGACCUGUAUUCGGGCGCCCUUUUUGUUCAGGUCUGUUUGGGUUGGAAUCUCUACCUUUCGACCGUCUUGAUGCUUCUGGUCACUGCCAUUUACACCAUUGCAGGUGGGCUCACGGCAGUGAUCUAUACAGACGCCUUGCAAACCUUAAUCAUGGUCAUCGGAGCCGUCAUUUUGACAGCCACAGCCUUCCAUGAGAUUGGCGGCCACCCCAACCUGGAAGAGGCCUACCUGAGCGCGGUGCCCUCCAAGACCAUCCCCAACACCACCUGCCACCUGCCCAGGCCGGACGCCAUGCACCUCUUCCGGGACCCCCUCUCCGGAGACCUGCCCUGGACCGGCAUGACUUUUGGGCUCUCCGUCCUGGCCACCUGGUACUGGUGCACUGACCAGGUCAUUGUCCAGCGGUCCCUCUCCGCCAAGAGCUUGAACCACGCCAAAGGAGGAUCCAUCCUGGCCAGCUAUUUAAAAAUGCUGCCCAUGGUCCUUAUCGUCAUGCCGGGGAUGAUCAGCCGUAUCCUGUAUCCAGAUGACGUCGGCUGCGUCGACCCCGGCGAAUGCGCCCGUAUCUGUGGGUCCGAAGUGGGGUGCUCCAACAUCGCGUACCCCAAACUCGUGAUGGAACUGAUGCCUAGCGGCCUGCGGGGCUUGAUGAUCGCGGUCAUGAUGGCCGCCCUGAUGUCCUCGCUGACCUCCGUCUUCAACAGCAGCAGCGCCUUGUUCACCAUGGACAUCUGGAGGAAGGUGCGCCGCGGGGCCACCGAGAAGGAGCUCCUGGCGGUCGGAAGGAUCGUGACGGUGGUCCUGGUGGUGGUCAGCGUGGUCUGGAUCCCGAUCCUGCAGAGCUCCAGCAGCGGCCAGCUCUACAUCUACAUCCAGUCGGUCACCAGCUACCUCUCUCCGCCCGUCACCGCCGUCUUCCUCCUGGCCGUGUUUUGGAAGAGAGCCAACGAGAAGGGUGCCUUUUGGGGCCUGAUGCUGGGCUUGGCCCUGGGCCUGAUCCGCAUGGCGCUGGAGUUUGCCCACCCGGCCCCCGGAUGCGGUGUCCCAGACACACGUCCAUCAAUUGUGAAGGAUGUCCACUACCUCCACUUUGCCUUCUUCCUCUGCUUGCUGACCGUGGCCGUCGUUGUGGGCAUCAGUUGGUGGACUACGCCUCCUGGCGAAUCCCAGGUAAAGGAUGUGACUUGGUGGACCCUGAAGCAUCCAGACGGACCUUCUCUUGCCGACCCGUCCAAUCCGCUGCCUGAGAACGGCUUCUGCGGAUCGGAGAGAAACGAUCCUCCAAAAAAGCAACUUUGCAAUAUUUUCAUGAAAACGGAAAGAGCCAAAGUGUCCAGAUCUGCCUUCUGGUCUCGGUUCUGCAACGUGAAUGCGAUCGUCCUCAUUUCCAUCAAUGUCUUUUUCUACGCCUAUUUCGCUUAAGGGACAUACGAUAUCCGAAAAGGCAAGAAAGGCUGAGAAAGCUCGAGACCUUGCAAAACUACAACUCCCAGACUUCCAUCACAUUAAGCCAUGGCCGAGAAAGCUCAGGACCUUGCAAAACUACAACUCCCAGGAUUGCACAGCAUUGAGCCAUGGCAGUUCAACCAAAGUCUGGACUGCAUUUGACAGGGAAGGAUCAAGACCUUGCAAAACUACAACUCCCAGGAUUUCAACACAUUAAGCCAUGGCCGAGAAAGCUCAAGACCUUGCAAAACUACAACUCCCAGAAUUACAACACAUUAAGCCAUGGCCGAGAAAGCUCAAGACCUUGCAAAACUACAACUCCCAGGAUUACAACACAUUAAGCCAUGGCCGAGAAAGCUCAAGACCUUGCAAAACUACAACUCCCAGGAUUGCAUAGCAUUGAGCCAUGUCAGUUUAACCUUAGUCUGGACAGUCUUUAGCAGGGAAGGAUCAAGACCUUGCAAAACUACAACUCCCAGGAUUCCAUCACAUUCAGCCAUGGCCGAGAAAGCUCAAGACCUUGCAAAACUACUACUCCCAGGAUUGCAUGGCAUUGAGCCAUGGCAGUUCAACCAUAGUCUGGACAGCAUUUGGUAGGGAAGGGUCAAGAUCUUGCAAAACUACAACUCCCAGACUUCCAUCACAUUAAGCCAUGGCUGAGAAAGCUCAAGACCUUGCAAAACUACUACUCCCAGGAUUGCACAGCAUUGAGCCAUGGCAGUUCAACCAAAGUCUGGACAGCAUUUGGCAGGGAAGGGUCAAGACAUUGCAAAACUACAACUCCCAUUUGUUGAGCAGUGUAGAUGCUCUCCAGCCAAUGGUUGGAGGUGAUUGAUUUGGAAGCACCCAUAGUUUUGGGUUCAUGAGUCCAGAGAGCUUGAAAACCAAAGUUAAGAGUGUCCAGUUUGGGAUGAAAAAUAUUUUCCCACCGAUGUCCAUCUUUUUUCUGGAAGGAGAUCCAAGAAGGAGAACCAUUGAGGUCCACCAAGGAAGUUCUGGAGAUCUUUCAAUUUCAAGAUCUUUCCAAUUGGAGGGUCACAGGCGCAAGGGGAAGACAUAGUUCCGGGGCAAGAGGCCCGUCUUGACCCCGAUCUUCCCUUUCCACCAGUUGGGGUCCGAAGUGUCCAGGAUCUCGAGAACGUCUCCUCUGCGGAAACUCAGCUGGGAAGGGUUUUCGGCCGAGAAGUUGAACUGGGCUUGGGCGAACUUUGGCUUCCUGGGCUGCGGAAGGAAGGAAAGAAGAAGAGAGACAUAGUUCAACCCAGAAUCCAUAUUAGAGAGUGUCUUGGUUUGAUACCACGUUCCCUGCCAUGGCUCAGUUCUCCAGACUCCUGGGAGAAGUAGUUUGGGUUCAACCAUAGCCAUGGCCGGUCAAGUCGUGCCAAACUGACCUCGUGCAUUUCGCCGUGGUCUCGGAGGAAGACCUCCCGCUUUUUGCCGAUGCUGUGGCUCCGGUAGAAAUCCACCAGUUCAUUGAUGGAGGUGAACUUCUCAUCCCAGAGGUGGUAUUUCCCGUUCUUCUCCCGGAGGACCUUGAAGUGGAGGACUUCCUCGCUGCAGCUGGAAGGAAAGGAAGAGUUCAGUUUGGGCAGCAAAAGCCACCGUUGUUCUCCAAAAGCACGUCCACACUGUCGAGUGAAUACAGUUUGUCACUAGUUGAACUGCCAUGUUCAUGGGAAUUGUAGUUUGUAUACAACCACCAUUAUCCCCAUGAUAUUAGGCAGGCUAAUCUGGGUGCUUUCUUUGGAAAGACAUCGGACUUGGAGCAGGUCCGUUUACUAGGCAUGUCCGAUCGAUGAAAAAAAUGUUUCAAUUCUCGUUUCUGAAGUAGGGGGUGCUGGUGCUUCGAUAUAGAAAAUAUUUCCGAUUUUUUCACCCAAAAAUUUCAGAUAUUUCCGAAAAUUCGUAAUGAUUCUAAAUGUUUCUAAAAUGGCGGACGCGCAUGCGCAAUCACCAAAAAAAAAAAAAAAGGAACGGGGGGGGGGGGGACUUUUACAGGGCUCUCCCGCCCUCAUUUCUUGAGCUAUCCUCAUCAACCCUAGCCCCCACCUUUGCGUCCAUCGUGGAAGCUUCUGAUUGGCCGGGGAGCGGCAGCCAUGUUAGGCUGCGCUAAGCUCCCAUUCUAGGUAGGUUGCAGAAACAAAAAUUUUUUUAAAAAUAUUUUAAAAAAUAUAUUUUAAAAAAUUUUGGGGGGAAAAAUUAACGAAACAUUAAGAGACAAUUAGAGAAUGGGCCAACAAUGGUUCGAAUUCCAUUGCUGGUUGCGCUGUGAGACAAUGUCUCGGAAUGCGUAUCAAAAAGCGAGAACAAUCCGAGAUAAUUCCGAUAUACGAUUCAAAACGAUUUUUUGGACAUGUCUAGCGUUUACACUAUUGAAUGAGUGCGCCUUGAUAUUUCUUGAGCCUCAGUGCUAUGGAAUCAUGGCAAUUGUAGUUUUACAAGGUCCUGAGUGUCCUCUAUCAAAGAAGUGUUGGUACCUCUCCAAACGACAAAUCCCAAGAUCCUAUUGGAUUGGGUCAUGGUGGUUGAAGUGGGGUCAAACUGCAUCCAUUCUACAGUGUGGAUACACCCCGAGUUGUUCAACUAAAAUAAACCUAUUUACACUGUAAGAUAUACUAAUGUGAUACACACACACACACAUAUACAAACACAUAUACAUAUACACACACAUAUUAAAACUACACAGACUAAGGGUGAACUUAGCUUGACACCACUGAUAUGGAGUCCCGAAGUUGUAGUUUUCCAAAGUCUUGAGACUUCUCUGGUGCCUUGCCAAACUGCAACUCCCAAGAUUCCCAGGAUAUGGAAUCCUGGAAGUUGUAAUUCCAAGGUCUUGAGCCUUCUCUGAUGCCAUGCCAAAUUGCAAUUCCUAGGAUUCCUGGGAUUUGGAAUCCUGGAAGUUGUAGUUUUCCAAGGUCUUGAGCCUUCUCUGGUGCCUUGCCAAACUGCAACUCCCAGGAUUCCCGGGAUUCAGAAUCCUGGAAGUUGUAGUUUUCCAAGGUCUUGAGCCUUCUCUGGUGCCUUGCCAAACUGCAACUCCCAAGAUUCCCAGGAUAUGUAAUCCUGGAAGUUGUAAUUCCAAGGUCUUGAGCCUUCUCUGGUGCCUUGCCAAACUGCAACUCCCAGGAUUCCCGGGAUUCAGAAUCCUGGAAGUUGUAAUUCCAAGGUAUUGAGCCUUCUCUGGUGCCUUGCCAACCUGCAACUCCCAAGAUUCCCAGGAUAUGUAAUCCUGGAAGUUGUAACUCCAAGGUCUUGAGCCUUCCCUGGUGCUUUGCAAGACUACAACUCCCAGGAUUCCCAUGAUAUAUAGUCCUGGAAGUUGUCGUUUUCCAAGGUCUUGAGCCUUCCCUGGUGACUUGCAAGACUACAACUCCCAGGAUUCCCAUGAUAUGGAAUCCUGGAAGUUGUAAUUCCAAGAUCUUGAGCUUUCUCUGGUGCCAUGCCAAACUACAACUUCCAGGAUUUCUGGGAUUCGGAAUCCUGGAAGUUGUAAUUCCAAGGUCUUGAGCCUUCCCUGGUGCCUUGCCAAACUGCAACUCCCAGGAUUCCUGGGAUUCACAAUCCUGGAUGUAGUAGUUUUCCAAAGUCUUGAGCCUUCUCUGGUUCCUUUCCAAACUGCAACUCCCAGGAUUCCUGGGAUCCGGAAUCCUGGAAGUUGUAAUUCCAAGAUCUUGAGCCUUAUCUGGUGCCAUGCCAAACUACAACUUCCAGGAUUCCCAGGAUAUGGAAUCCUGGAAGUUGUAGUUUUCCAAGAUCUUGAGCCUCCCCUGGUUCUUUCCUUGCCAAACUGCAACUCCCAGGAUUCCAUAACAUGGGGCCACAAUAUUUCCUUUGGUGUAGCCAAGAGUGACUUGACUUUACACCCAUUUGCCAUGGUUUGGAAAAGAAACAUUGGGCUAAAAGUUCGGGCUAAAGUUCGGGCUAAAACCCGGGGCGGAUUGGUUGCUCUGCUGGUGUGGAAUCCACCCUUUUCCGCACCCAAAUUUAAGAUAAACUCUUAAAAAUAAUUGCAGAUAUAGCUGUCUUGCCUGUCCCAUCCCGGAGGCAUGGGAUGGUGUUUUGGUGGCAAGCCAAAUAUGACCGUAAUGUUCACAUUAAAACGUAAAUUGCCUCCUUUUGCCCUCGUUUGCCAUCCGAUGUCAGCUGAAGCAGGUAGUUUACAAGGUUGGCAGGAAAAUUGCACUUUUUACAAUGGAGAUUGACGGCUCGGCUUCAAGAGGUGACUUGAAAGCGGAUCAGAUGACGCAAGGAACAUUUUUUAAAAUGAGCCCGGUGCGGUUUAAGAGCCAGAAAACACAUCCAGUACAUUUACCAAGAAAUAUAUAUAUCUGAACAGUAGCAUAGAAACCAAUGGGAAGUCACAUUUUCAUGUUCUCAGAAGGCCAGGGAAUGUACAGAAAAGUCAAAUAUGGAGGAUUCAAUCGUAUUAGUUAUUGGGUUGCUGUGAGUUUUAAUAAUAAUAAUAAUAAUAAUAAUAAUAAUAAUAAUAAUAAUAAGCAUAUCUAUCUUGUUUGCUGUGUCAGAUUAUGUUGUUGUGUCAAUAAUAAUAAUAAUACUAUAGUAGAGUCUCCCUUAUCCAACAUAAACAGGCUGGCAGAAUGUUGGAUAAGCGAAUAUGUUGGAUAAUAAGGAGGGAUUAAGGAAAAGUCUAUUAAACAUCAAAUUAGGUUAUGAUCUUACAAAUUCAGCACCAAAACAUCAUGUUAGACAACAAAUUUGACAGAAAAAGUAGUUCAAUACACAGUAAUGCUAUGUAGUAAUUACUGUAUUUACAAAUUUAGUACCAAAAUAUCAUGAUGCAUUGAAAACAUUGACUACAAAAAUGCGUUGGAUAAUCCAGAACAUUGGAUAAGUGAAUGUUGGAUAAGUGAGACUCUACUGUAUAUAUAAAAGAGUGAUGCAAUCCUGGUGACUGACAAAACAACAAAACUAAACACCCCACAACUUCGAAAAUUGACAGCACAACCCCUCAUCCACGCCUCUAGGUUGAUACAACAAAAAGAAGAGAAAAAUAAAGUCCUAAUUAGAGGGAGAGGAAUAAUUGUUUUUAGCCAAUUGCUGCCAGUUAGAAGGCUAAGCUCUGCCCACUUGGUCUCCAAGCAAUCCACUCAGCCCAGGGCACAGGCAGAGUUAGGCCUCACUUAGGCCUCUUCCACACUGCCUAUAAAAUACAGACACCACCAGACAACACCACAGCAAUGCGUGGCCGGGCACAGCUAAUAAUAAUAAUAAUAAUAAUAAUAAUAAUAAUAAUAAUAAUAAUAAUAAUAAUAAGCAUAUCUAUCUUGUUUGCUGUGUCAGACACAUAUUAAAACGACACAAAGGAGAGACUAAGGGUGAACUUACACUGUCAAAGGAAUGCAGCUUGACACCACUGAUAUGGAGUCCUGGAAGUUGUAGUUUUCCAAGGACUUGAGCCUUCCCUGGUGCCUUGCCAAACUACAAAUUCCAAGAUUCCCAGGAUAUAGAAUCCUGGAAGUUGUAGUUUUCCAAGGUCUUGAGCCUUCCCUGGUGCCUUGCCAAACUACAAAUUCCAAGAUUCCCGGGAUAUAGAAUCCUGGAAGUUGUAGUAGUUUUCCAAGGUCUUGAGCCUUCCCUGGUGCCUUGCCAAACUACAAAUUCCAAGAUUCCCAGGAUAUAGAAUCCUGGAAGUUGUAGUUUUCCAAGGUCUUGAGCCUUCCCUGGUGCCUUGCCAAACUACAAAUUCCAAGAUUCCCGGGAUAUAGAAUCCUGGAAGUUGUAGUAGUUUUCCAAGGUCUUGAGCCUUCCCUGGUGCCUUGCCAAACUACAAAUUCCAAGAUUCCCGGGAUAUAGAAUCCUGGAAGUUGUAGUUUUCCAAGGUCUUGAGCCUCCCCUGGUGCCUUGCCAAACUACAAAUUCCAGAAUUCCUGGGAUUCGGUAUCCUGGAUGUUAUCUUUAUUUUGUAUUUUAUUAUUUUUAUUUUUAUUUUAUUAUUUUUAUUUUUAAAGAAUGGGACAUAUAUAAAAUUAAGCAGACUAAUCUAUGCAAUUUCUUUGGGAAGUCACGAGAAUUGAGUUCUCAAGGGAUGCAUCUCUACACAGUGCAAUUAAUAAUAAACUUUAUUUUUAAUUUUAUUAUUUUUAUAUUUUUAUUUUUAAAGCAUGGGACAUAUAUCAAAUUAAGCAGACUAAUCUAUGCAAUUUCUUUGGGAAGUCAUGAGAAUUGAGUUCUCAAGGGAUGCAUCUCUGCACUGUGCAAUUAACAACAAACUUUAGUUUUAUUUUUUAUUUUAUUAUUUUUGUAUUUUUAUUUUUAAAGUAUGGGACAUAUAUAAAAUUAAGCAGACUAAUCUAUGCAAUUUCUUUCGGAAAUUUCUGCACUGUGCAUCUCUGCACUGUGCAAUUAAGAAUAAACUUUAUUUUUAUUUUUAAUUUUUAUAUUUUUAUAUUUUUAAGUAUGGGACAUAUAUAAAAUUAAGCAGACUAAUCUAUGCAAUUUCUUUGGGAAGUCAUGAGAAUUGAGUUCUCAAGGGAUGCAUUUCUACACUGUGCAAUUAAUAAUAAACUUUAUUAUUAAUGAUAAUUAAUAUUUUAAUAAAUUUAUUUUUAUUUUGUAUUUUUUAUUAUAUUUUAUAUUUUAUUUUAUUUAUUUUUAUUUUGAAUUAAUGCAGUUUGAUAUCACUUCAGUUGCCAUGGCUCCGUGCAAUGGGAGUUUUGCAAAGUUUUUAGCCUUCUCUGCCAAAGAGGGCUGAUACCUCAGCAAACUACAACUCCUAAGACCCCAUAGCAUUGAGCGUGGACAGUUCAAGUGGGGACAAACUGCAUUAACUCUACCGUGUGGAUGCACGCCCUAAGCAAGUAUAAGAUUUGCUGGUGUAGGCAGGUCCCAUGGAUGCUCUCAGUUUUCUGCCCCGGGGCAAAAAAUGACGUCCUAUGAUCUGUACCUUGUAAAAAAAAUAAUAUGUGUCCCAAUGAAACAGAUUUAUGAACUGACUUGUUUCCCAGAAGUGCAGAUGCACCCUAAUAGGAUAGUUAGUUAUUGCAAAUAUUCAAACUGUAUAAUUUUCCAUUCGCUUUGUCAAAUGGGAAGCACCUGCCCUCUUGUGUCUAAAAGAACACCUACAACUAAUAGGACAGGUUGAAAAUCCUAUUGCUGUGAGUUUUCUGGGCUGUGUGGCCAUGUUCCAGAAGCAUUCUCUCCUGACGUUUCGCCCACAUCUAUGGCAGGCAUCUUCAGAGGUUAUUAUAGCUGAUGAUGAUAUUAUUAUUGUUAUGAUAUUAUCACAGAACAAGAGAUGAGAAAUGUGGUAGAGACAAUAGGGAUGAAAAGGAAUACCAGAGUACGAGAAAUGAGGAGGAAAAUAUUGCACAAAUGGUAUCGUACACCCUGCCAAUUAGCAUACUACUAUAAAAAGGGGAGUAGUCAGUGCUGGCAUGGAUGUCAUCAGAAAGGGCGGUUUAUGCACAUGAUGUGGGAAUGUGAAUAUGUACAAUAUUUUUGGCAGACUAUACAAAAUGAGUCAAAUCAAAUACUAGGAAAUGAGUGGGUCAUAACAAAGGAAAUAGCGGUAUUAGGGAAAAGAGAGGAAAUGGGAAAUAAAAGGGAAAUAAAAGAAGCAAUAAUUGAAUGUGCACAAACAGUAAUAGUAUUCGGGUGGAAAGAUAAAUCAAAAUGGACAGUAAAUAAAUGGUACCAAUAUAUGGUGGAGCAAAUGGAAUUUGAAAUUAUGAAUGUGAAACUAAAUGUUGUAAAAACUAAUGAAAAUAGAACAAGAGAAAUGGAAGAAAGAUGGACAAGGGUAAAGAACUAUAUCAUGAAUCAAUCUGGAGAUCAAGCCAUAAGAAAUAAGAUACAAAUGUUAUAUAGUAUAUAGGUUGGAAAUGGAUUAAGAUAAAGAUAUAAAAAUUGUCUCAUAAAGAAACGAAUAUGUAAAAAGAAAACAAUCCUCGUGUUGGUGGUGGGAAUUGUAAAUGUUUUGUAUGUCUACGGUAUGUAUUUUU